AUGUCAGACGGGUAUGUGUGGUUUGAAGGCAUACCGUUCCCGCUGGUGGACUACACACCUGAACACCUGAGAGCAAUGCAGAACUUUGUGUUUAAGGAUGAAGAUGUCUUAACAGUGUCUUUCCCCAAAUCAGGAACGAACUGGUUGAUUGAAAUCCUCUGCCUGAUCUACUCCAAGGGGGAUCCCACGUGGGUCCAAUCUGUGCCCAUCUGGGAACGCUCUCCCUGGGUGGAGAACACGCGUGGGUACCAAAUCCUAAAGGAUAAGGAAGGCCCACGCCUCAUCACCUCCCACGUCCCCAUCCACCUCUUCCCCAAGUCUAUCUUCAAGUCCAAGACCAAGGUGAUUUACCUGAUCCGAAAUCCCAGGGAUAUUCUCGUGUCUGGUUAUUUUUUCUGGAUUAUUUCAAGGUUCGUGAAGAGACCAGAGUCGCUGGAACAAUAUUUCAAAUGGUUCAUCCAAGGACACGUGGCAUUUGGAUCAUGGUUUGAUCACACCCGUGGCUGGAUGUCCAUGAGAGGGCAGGAGAACGUUUUGAUAGUGAGUUACGAAGAGCUGAAACAGGACACAAGAAGUGCUGUUCUGAAGAUCUGCCACUUCCUGGGCAAGACAUUAGAGCCGGAAGAACUGAGCUCGCUCCUCACGCACAGCUCCUUCCAGGUCAUGAAGGAAAACAAGAUGUCUAACUACACACUCCUGCGCGGCUGGCUCAUCGAGGAUCAGAAUGGGUCACUCAUGAGAAAAGGCAUUUCUGGAGACUGGAAAAAUCACUUCACAGUGGCCCAAGCAGAAGCCUUUGACAGAAUAUUCCGGGAGAAGAUGGCGGACCUCCCUCCAGAGCUGUUCCCAUGGGAAUAA